UCCAAAUCAUUCAUGUCUGAAUUAGUGCUAGCCCAUGACAUACAACUGUACCAGAAAUACAUAAUUAUUCUCAAGAAAAAUUCAAUAUCAUGAAAAUAAGUACAAAAAUGAAUAUCAUCAAAAAGUCUAACUUUUCUUAAAGCAUACUCCCUAGCAUGCACUCUCUAUAUAUGCAACCUCUCAUUCCUCAAUUCUAUUCUCUCUGCUUCCUCCGAUCCAUUCUCUCAUCCCCAGAGCAUCUCCUUGCUGAAGUAGCUAGCCUAGCCAGUGAAGUUCUUGCUGGUCAAUGGUGCGCAUGGCAAGCAAGGGAGGCAACAACGGCGGCAGCGGUGGCCGGGAGGUGAAGAAGCCGACGCUGCUGCUGGGGCGGUACGAGGUGGGGAAGCUGCUGGGGCAGGGCAACUUCGCCAAGGUGUACCACGCGCGCAACGUGCUCACGGGCGAGGAGGUGGCGAUCAAGGUGAUGGAGAAGGAGAAGAUCUUCAAGUCCGGGCUGACGGCGCAUAUCAAGCGCGAGAUCGCCGUGCUCCGGCGGGUGCGCCACCCGCACAUCGUGCAACUCUACGAGGUCAUGGCCACCAAGCUGCGCAUCUACUUCGUCAUGGAGUACGUGCGCGGCGGCGAGCUGUUCGAGCGCGUCGCGCAGGGUCGCCUGCGGGAGGAAGACGCGCGGCGCUACUUCCAGCAGCUGGUGUCCUCCGUCGCCUUCUGCCACGCGCGCGGGGUGUACCACCGGGACAUCAAGCCCGAGAACCUCCUCGUCGACGACGCCGGCGACCUCAAGGUCUCCGACUUCGGGCUCUCCGCCGUCGCCGAACAGAUGCGCCACGACGGGCUCUUCCACACCUUCUGCGGCACGCCGGCGUACGUCGCGCCGGAGGUGCUCUCCCGUCGCGGCUACGCCGCCGCCAAGGCCGACCUAUGGUCCUGCGGCGUCGUGCUCUUCGUCCUCAUGGCCGGCUACCUCCCCUUCCAGGACCGCAACCUCGUCGGCAUGUACCGCAAGAUCCACAGGGGCGAAUUCCGCUGCCCCAGGUGGUUCUCCCCCGAGCUCACGCGCCUCCUCCGCCGCGUCCUCGACACCAACCCGCAGCGCCGCGCCACCGCCGACGAGAUCAUGGAUAACGAGUGGUUCAAGAUCGGCUUCCGCCGCUUCUCCUUCCGCAUCGAGGACGACCGCUCCUUCACCUGCUUUGAACUGGACGACGAAGGCAUCGACGCGUCCACCUCGCCGCCCGAGCCCGGCACGCCGCGGACGGACGGCGGGAACGCUCCCGCGCAACUAAUUAAAAAGGCGUCCGGGCUGACGUCGUGCGGGUCGGCGCCGUCGCUGCUGCAGCUGGAAGGGCCCAACGGGCUUGGCGGGAGUAGUAGGCGGAGAUCGAGCCUGAACGCGUUCGACAUCAUCUCGUUCUCGAGGGGGUUCGAUCUCUCAGGCUUGUUCGUGGACGGCGAGGCGGCAGGGACCGGUGACCCGGAGAAGCAGCACCACCCGGCGGCAACGCGGUUCGUGUCGGCGGCGCCGGUGGAACGGAUCCUGGCGACGCUGGAGGGGGCCGCGACGGCGGCAGGCAUGGCGGUGCGCGAGAGGGACGACGGGUCGAUCAGCAUGGAGGGGACGCGGGAGGGCGAGCACGGUUCUCUGGUGGUGGCCGCGGAGAUCUACGAGCUCACGCCGGAGCUAGUGGUGGUGGAGGUGCGGCGCAAGGCCGGCUGCGCCGCCGAGUACGAGGAAUUCUUCCGGUCGCAGCUCAAGCCCAGCCUGCGCGACCUCGUCUGCGACGUCGAGCGGCCACGCCUCCAAUCCGACGAGCUCUCGCGGAGCCUAUGAGCUCUGAUCGUGGCGCGCAUUUCACGCGUGCACGCGUGCGCAUGCAUGCACGUUCGCCCGUCGUCUGUGGCUUAUUGCCGCCCGUACAAUUACAUGUAGAAAUGUACGUACGUGUGAGAGGGAUUUUAUACGUAUACAGUGAUACAUCAAAACAUUCUUUUUGCAGUGCUGUGGUCUUGUGGGUGGUAUUGGGAAGCAUCCAUACAUGACACUGCUUUGCGUACGUAUCAAAAGGGGGGAAAUUCAAAACAAAUGUAAAUUU